AAAUGGUUCAAAGAUUCAACUCCAAUUGAUAAAGUCGAUCCCUCGAGAUAUUCAAUCACCGAUGCUCCAAAUAAAGAAGGAACUAAAAGUAUCAUGACCGUUUCAUCAGCUGAUGUGAAAGAUGAUGGACUUUACCAUUGUUUUGCUGAAAAUUCGUUUGGAAAAGAUGAGAGGAAAAUUCGAGUAACCAUAAUUGAACCUCCACCUGCACCUACGAAUUUCGCUGUUCAGCAAGUUUGGUCUCGAACUGUUCGAGUUUCUUGGUCUAAACCAUUGGAUAGUAAAACAUCAAUUCUCAGCUAUUUGAUUAGAUAUUGGAAAGUUUCAUCAACCGGUGUUAACGAUCGUCUCAAUGAAGUCAAUGUUUCAUCAUCUCUAUCAGUUCACCUGGUUAAAGAUCUUGAACCAGGAAGUCAUUACGAGGCUUCAAUAAUUGCAGUCAAUGAAGUUGGAUUAGGACCAGCAUCGGCUAAAGUGACAUUCAUCACCGGUGAAGAAGAGCCCACUGGAGCUCCAGUUGAUCUUCAUGUCAUUUCAAGAGGACCAACAACAGCUCGAAUAGCCUGGCGAUCGCCUCUAAGAAAUACUUGGAAUGGUAAAUUGCUUGGAUUUUACGUUGGAUAUCGACUAUUUGAUAAUUACAAGACUCCACAUUCAUUUCGAACGGUAUCAAUGAUCCAAUCAAAUGCUUCUCAUCAUGAAUAUUUCUUGUCAUCUCUGCUCAAAGGAUCCAAAUAUUCAAUCAUUGUGAAAGCCUACAAUUCUGCUGGAACUGGACCGGAAACUCAAGAGGUCACCGUUGAAACUUUAGCUGGUGAUGUACCACCAUCACCUCGACUAUUUGUUUCAUCAGCGACAAUUGACUCUAUCACUUUAGGAUAUUCAAUUCCUUUGGCUGGAUCUAAAAUACAGAAUCUUGAUCUACAUUUCAAGGAAGGCGAUGAUGUCACUUGGCGGGAAAUGGACUUCUUUGUCGAGAAUAAAGAAUCUGGUCAAUAUACUUUGACAUCUCUUAAUCCGGACACUGUUUACACAAUUUAUCUAACUGCUACAAACGAAAAUGGCAUUUCUGAUCCAAGUCACAUUAUCAAAACACGAACCUUACGAAUACACCGAGAAACAUAUGCUGUUGGUUCAAUUUUCGAUCCAUCUAGUGGUGGUCAGUUCGGUGAUUAUCGUGAUUUUGUCUCAAUCUUAUCAAUCAUCAUCGCCGUGGUCAUUAUUGUCAUUGUCAUUGUUUUCGCUUUUGUUUAUGUGAGAAAAGUUCAACUCGACGCUGCAACCAAGCCCAAUUUUGAGUUCGCUUUGGCUACAGGAACUCUCCAACUAAACAAAUCGAUUCCUAACUUUGGGACUGAGAGACGAUUCAUCGACGGUGACAAUAAUAAGCCUUUGAUGCAUGGAACAAUCAACCUUGACCAUACUAAUCAAUUACCUGUUGCUUACUCGAAUUCACCACCAGAAAAUCGACAUUCAAAGAUGAUUGAUCCAACUCACGUAUAUGAUUGGCCUCGAUAAAUCAAUUGACUUAAUCGCCAAUUGAACUGCCAACUAUUCACAGUAACAGUAAACUUCCAAUUAGCUGUUACUUUAUUUACCCUUUUAUCAUUUACAAUUUUAAUUGUAUUGAAUUUCUUACAAUUAUUUAAGAUCUCAUUGACUUUCCAUCUUUUCAUAUUUAAAUUGUAGUUUUAAUCUUUGCACUUUUAUGCUUUUAGCUUGUUAAUUAGUUUUUACAAACAUUUGAAUUGUCAAGAUAGUUGAUGUAUUAACUGUAUCUGCGCCAAUUGAUAAUUUAGUCUAGAUUAAUUUAGUCAACAUUUAAUUAUCCAAUCGAUUUGACAUUUAAAUGUAUUAAUUAUCCAUAACUCAUUCAAUAUCUUGAACUUCAUAUGUUCUUGUCACUUGUUUGUUUAAUUUGCUCAAUUUCUCAUUUACAUUAAAUCCUUUCAUCUCCCAAUUAAUCAAA